AUGAAACCAGAAGAUCGAAAGAUCACUGUAUUCGAUGUCACACCUGUUGUUUUCGAACAGCUGUAUCGUGAUCAUGCUAAAACUCUUUCAUGUCCAUGUUCGACGAUUACAGUGCCACUUAAACUUUUUGUUUCCAAUACAAUUACACAUCAUCCUGUCUGUGAAAGUAUUUUCAUCAGCAAAGAAUGGAUUGAAGCACUGCAUUUAGAAAAUGCAAGCAGAUAUGGAACGGAUGAUUUUCGAACAACAGCUAGUUCUCAGUUCAAAAUUCUGACAAGUCUUUGUUCACUUUCUCAAGAUUUAGUCUCUCAAAAUCUGUUUGAUCUUGAUAAUAAUGAGUUUAUCAACAAUUAUCUUCUAUCUCAAAAGCAAGUUGAAGAUAAAGUGAAUGGUACAAUUGAAUUCUUCAAGAACAGUGCAUCUAGUCGAAUUAUCUCAUUCUUAAACUAUGUUAGAACUACUAAUCAAGCAGAUUAUUUAAUCUCGGCUCUCAAUACAAAUUAUCUGAUUGCCAAUACUAACUUUAAGAUUAUUCAAACUAUGGAUCCUACCAACAAACUGAUAAGUGGAGAAACAAAAUAUUCUGACAAAUCUAACGAUGCUUCUUUGAAUGAGCAAUCAAUGGGGUGUAGCAAUAAAAAUCCAGCAACUACUGUGAGUUUUUCAGAAACUUCACAUGUGGAAAAAUAUUAUGAUCGUUCAACAUGGACUCGACCUAGACCGAAUGCUACACUUGUUAGUGGAUUUUAUACUGCUUGCACUCCUCUUGAAGCUAUUCUUCAAAGUACACUCGAUUGUUUAUAUACUGUUGAAUGCCUUCGUCUUUAUGGAGGUCUCACAAUUAUACUUCGUCUGAUUGCACCAUUUUUAAUCAAUAUCUGGCUAAAAUGUCAGUCAAAAUACAGAAAUGUUUUUCACGCACCUUCUAUGAUACAUAUACGCAAAUUGGGUCAAACUAUGAAACGAUUGAAUCUGUUUAAGGAGCCUGAUCAACGAACAGAAAAUAAUAUAAAACGACAGAAGAUUAGUACACGUGUGUAUUUGAUUCUAUUAAUUGGUUCAUUUCUUACACUUCUUCUCUUUACUUCGCUAAGUACUGCUGUGGCUCGAACGACCGAAUCAAAACCAUCAUUACCAACUUAUAGAGACUUGCAAGCUAAAUAUUCAAAAUCACUCAGAUGUCCAUGUUCCCAGGUGACAAUACCUCAUCGCAAAUUCGUUUCAUUAUCACCAGUCUUACAUCAAGUGUGUAAAAGUGAUUUUGUGACAGAAGAAUGGCUUUUAUUAAUGAAAAGUAUCAGAACUAGACGUAGUGAUGUCGAUUGGCGUAAUAGAGCUUUCUCACAAUUUCAUUUAUUAUCUGAGCUUUGUAAGCUGGCUAAUAAAACGAUCGAUGACGCUAGGCAUCGCUUUCUUUCACAACCAUUCAUUGUUUCAAAUGUAUUGCCAGAAAUUGAUUUUGAAAAACAAUUAAAUCUAACUCUUGAACAAUUUUUUCAAUCGACAAUUGAUUAUUUUGGUCUUCUUAUCAAAACAGUACAAAUUCUUAUACAAAUCGAUCAACCGUAUUCUGGACCAAUUGGAGCGUAUACCGUACGUGAUGAAGACGAAAAUCCAGUUGGAGUUUACACAAAAAAUGAAACGAAUGGACGGAUUAAAAUACAGGUGGAAUUUCAAUUGACUGGACCGCGUAAUGCGAAACCAAUACCUACCACCUGUAUCUGUGCUUUUGAUACUUAUUGUCAAACUAGAACUGGAAUUUACGAUGUUGAAUCGAACAUAAUGUCCCAUGUAACUUAUAUUAGUCGUUAUAUUAUAUCAGGCUUGAUUGCAAGUUGUUCAGUUACAGAUUCUCUUCUGCGUUCAACACUUGAGUGUUACUAUUCAAACUCAAAGUGCUUACAGACUUUAAUGAAUUAUAGUAAAGAGACAUAUAUUAUUAAUGCUGAAAAUGUACCAUGGGUUGAUGUCCACUCUUUGGUGUAUAAUACAACACUUAGUCGUUUCCGUCAAAAGGCUCCAAUUUCAGAAAUAGUUCAAAACAUCAUGAUUGAACAAUGGAAUUCAUCAAUUUCAUACGAUCGCUUUUAUGAAUCAUGCGCACCAACUUAUUGUACUUAUUCUCAAAGAAUCAACAAAAAAAAUAUUGUUGAAACAAUAAUAACGGUACUAUCUUUGAUUGGUGGUCUUAUUUUCUCAUUACGAUUAAUUGUACCUCGACUGAUUAACUUUCUAUUUGAUUUAUUGUCAAAGAAAGCUAAACGUCUUGGUCAAUGGGCUACUCGUCUAUACUUGGUUUCGUUUGCUGUUGGUCUCGUUAUUCUCACUCUUCAUACUAUCAUUCGACCUCAAGAAUUCACAAAAGAUUUUGAUGGACCAUCUCUUGAUUUGUAUACAAAACUUUUUAAACGGUAUGGAACUCAACUGAAAUGUCCAUGUUCAUCAAUCGUAUCGACAUAUAAUCAAUUUAUGAAUAUUGAAGCAAGAUUUCAUGAGAUCUGUUCAAGUCCAUUCGCGUCAACAGAGGGAAGACUUAAUCUCACAGUUGAUGUCGUUGCUAACUUAUCUAUGUACAACGAGAGAGAUUAUCGUCGUUUUCUUUCUGCUCAUUUGCAAUUUCUUGAAGGAUUAUGUCAACUUUCUCAUAAAACAGUGAAUAUUUUUACUCGGCAAUUUCUUUCGUCACUGUUUGUUACAAAUGAACUUCUAUCAGAAAUGAAUUUUGAACAACGUCUUAAUUUGACAAUUGAUCAGAGUAAAUUAAAUGUUCCAACAACAUUAAUUCAUCUGCUCUAUUUAAUUCGAAUGAUAAAUAAUGGAAAUGCUUUUAUAUCAACUUAUGGGACAAAUUUCGAGUACAUUCAUCCAUGGGAGGACAUAUACAACACUUAUACACCUACUCAAGCUAUAAUUUAUGAUAAUAAUUGUUCAUGUGGAUUAUAUUCAAAUUGUACUACUCAAGCAAAUUUUAUUCUUACAAAUCCAACAAAGAUCGUUCCAAUCAAGGGUCUGAAAAUAGGUUGUACUCCAAGUGAAUCAUUUCGUGCGUCAACUCUUGAAUGUUUUUACAAUGAAUCAUGUAUUAAUCUCAUUAAACAAUAUACGAUCAAGGCAAAUCGAAUCAAUAAUACAAGUGUGUUCCAACCUCUUUCAACAAAGAACAUUAGUUUUCCCAUAAAUACUUCUAUAGCUAAACUUAUCGAUAAUCUGUUUAUUACAGAUUGGAAUAUAAAAAUGAAUUAUACAUCUUAUUUUGAACAAUGUUUCCCUUUAUCAUGUUCAUAUAAUAAUAUUCAACGAUUCAAUGUAUUUCAUAUAGUAUUUACUCUACUUGGUCUACAAGGUGGUCUUGCGCUGGUUCUUGAAUGGAUCUGUCCUAAAAUAAUCCGAAUUAUAGUCAAAAUAUAUGAAUAUCGAAAGAAGCGUAGAAAUGUUGUUCAAUCUGUUUUUACUGUUGAAACAAUACCGAUUGAAAAUAUUGACAAUUCUAUUUCGGUUUUAGAAUUAACACCAACGAAUGAAACAUUUCAGUGA